UAGACGAAGGCUAAGGGACGGUCCGGGCGGCAUGCAAGUAGGGUCAUUGGAAUUCGAAUGAGUUGUUUGAGCGCCGCAGCAUGAUGCUUAAACCUCAUUGUUUAUCGUUGUUCGCAGCGCUGUUAAGCCGCUUCCGUAAAAUGAGUAUGGUCUUCGUUUGUUUCAUUUACCUCUGGAACAGGGCAUUGCAGGAGCUUGCUUGGCUGUGGAACAGAGGAUCAGAUACAGUCACAUGUGAGAUCACUCGAAUUGCCGGAUCCGCAGUGGGGCCAGGUGACUUUCACGAGUACUGGUAAACCUGCGUCAUUUUCUGGGCGUGCAUGAGGCUAUGAUUGCCGGC